CUAAGAUAGCUGGCCGCCUGACUAGCUUAAUAUCUGAAUUAAACAAUUCAUAAUCGUUUCGGUAAUCAUCGGCAUACAAAAUGUUCACAUGUGUAAUUCUUUUUAUUAAUUUAUUCGUAGCUGUGUCAGGACUCUUCAUUUACCGCGAAAGAAUACCGAACGGCGAUUCUGUACCUAAUCCAUGUGGCACUGGUGGUAUUUGGAAUGGAGUUGGGCAUUAUAACCAAAAUGGUGGUGGGACAUUGAAUCCGUUUGGACUUGAGUUUUCACAAAAUUAUCAUAUGUGGACUAUAGCUUUGUGUAAUGCUGAUAGUGAUGGUGAUGGGAAAACAAACGGCGAGGAACUGGGCGAUCCGUUUUGUGAUUGGACGCAGGGUGUCAAUAUAAAUCAUCUAAAGGACACUACUGGACAUCCGGGUAUAUGUGAACCCAUUGGAUCUCCAUUAUGUGCUACUCAGGAAGGCAAAUUCAGCUGUUAG